AUGUUUGGCGGCGAAGACUGGACCGGGCUCGGCGGGCUCUGCGAUCGCAUUCGCAGAACCGUCGCUCACCGGUCGUGCGGCGAGGCUGCCAAUCCGUUCGACCGGCGCAAGAAAAGACGCCGAGACACCCAGGACGGUCCGAGAGGCGACGGAUUAGCUGAUGGACCCAGACCUGGAUCUGGAGCCGGAACCGGGAUCGGCGAGACCUUUGAGAAGAGGAGGAAGAUCAUGCAGCAGCGAGCGGCGAAGAAGACUCAUGUCCAAGAUAAGUAG